AAAUCGAUAGAAAAACGUAUUAAAAAGUUGUCAGACGUUUAUCGCAGAGUGCACGAUAUCAGCCGUGUCCGCGAUUUUGCGUUAUAUGAAUUCUUUUUUUACCCGAGAACAACGUUUAAUAUAGUCGAUAACGAUCGUUUACGGCUGCCUUUAAAUCUCGAUUAAUUCUAAACUACAAACGACGAGCAGAUAAGCUGGAAGCUUUUUCAUUCGUUUUAUUUAUACAAAAUAUAUCAUGCUUAUUGGCCAUUUUUUACAAAUAUAUCAAAAUGGUCACUGCGAGUUAGACUUAUUUGUACGUCUAUCGAACAGCUACAUAUCUCUGGUACACAGAUUCACCGAUAAUCUAUCUGUCGCAGUUUCUCUUAUGAAUUCUUCUCAACGAGUUCCAUUUUCCUCUAAAACAGGAACGUUAGUCGGAAAAAUUCAACCGUCGUUGCGAAUGCAUCGAGGAAAAUCGGGCAAAACGACUCUGGAUUUCUAAGAUAACAGACAAACAGACAGACAGACAGACGCGCGUUUUACGCAACGUAGAAAUGAAGGAAUCGAUUCGAAAAUCGUACGAAAGAGCUGUGUUCGACCAUGAACGGAAGAUCUCGAAAAAUCAGCGUAACGCGAUAAAACGUAAUGGUGGAGAUCUAAGCGCAAAGCAUCGGUUUAGAGACGAUUUAAAUGAUCCCCCUCGUUGAAUCGUCUGGACGAAAAACUUCCGUUUUAAUUAAUUUAGCCGGUGAACGAUCGAGCGAGCGGGUAAAUGGCGUUUCCUUCUUGCGAAGGAGGAGGCAGACGAAAGAAAAAAAGAGGAGAACGGUGAUUCCACUUCCGAUUUAUUAGGGGCGCGGUAGAUGCUCUUCCGUUGUGCACGCUCGUACCCAGCUGCUUUCUCCCCCUUUGUACGGCUCGAUCGUACGGCAGUCUGCCUGGUAAGCAAAUGUAAUUAUUUUUAAAAAGGAUGUAGGGACCGUGGUGUUUUCAUGCGGACGGAACGCGUGCUUCAAACGAAAGCGUAGGUGCUUUAAGAGUAAGCAUCGAGGAUGAGUCGAUGCGCCACGUUUCUAUAAAUCAUUCGGCAAGCGUAAUCGCGGUGUACACCUACAUCCAGCAGCUUUCUUGCGGACAACGAUCGCGUGAUUUGUAAUGUCGCGCGCACCGGAAGUCAUCGUACAAUACGACGGCAUUUACGUGGAAUUUUAAAACGCUACGAGACAUCUUCGUCGUUGUCGGUUUUGCAGAAAGUUCGCGUUUCCGACGUUUGUCUGGAACAGUGAAUUUUCAACGUCUUUUAAUUGUCUUUCUCUUUUGCUUCUCUUCUUUCUUUUAUUUAGGAAAUUUGAAUCGAAGAAGAAACACAGGAAACGCGGACGAUGUCCGAAAAAUGGAACUGUAACACGGUGUUUGAUAUUACGUAAUGUCAAUGUAUCGUAGUAUACAAACGUUGAAAGGUUUUUCGGAAGUUUGAGAUUCUCGCAGAAGUCUAGGGAACGCGUACGAUACGUAAAAAUGGACGAAACGUUGUUUAAAUCAAGAGGUUUAAUUUAUCGUGAUAUUCUUCGGUGGACGAGGAAGAUCGCUAUUUAGGUUCCAGUUAUUUAAUUAUGCGCGUAAAAAUAUAAAACCGCGCGCACGGUCUAAAAAUAACGUUUCGCAUGAAAGUGAAAGAGACUUUUGCUCGAAUCGACGGAUUACUUUGUAGCAGCGUGAUUGCUGUUGCCGAGGUUCGUCGCGUAUUCUAUUAAGCAUCCACGCCUCCACAACGUGGCACGUUAAACGUCGUUCGUUAAACGACGACUUCGCUGAUUUCACCGUUGAUGUCUUACCGCCCUCGGAUUUGUUAACAGGUCCAGAUUGAAAGAGAUCGCAGUAAUUCGCGAUGAAACCUCCUUAAUUUGCCAUUGUACCGAUCGAAGGUCUACCGUUCUCCUCGCGAAAGUAAACGAAUCGUCUAAAAAUAAAUAUAAAAUUAGAAAAUGAUCGAUCGAAGAAAAAAAAAGAAGAAGAAGAUCUUUGCGACUUCUGAAAAUGUAGACGAAUUACGACAAACAAAUAUAUCGACCAUAAGCGUAGAUGGAACAAAUAUACGUAUAAUCGAGAUAAUAGGAAAAAUAAGCUUAACGAUUAAUUGUUAUUUAUUAAAAUUACCGAUAAUCAGAAACGUAACGAUCUUAUUCUUAUUAAUCGAUGUCUAAAAGUUAAUGUUUUAUAUCGACGUUCCUAAUUGUAACACGAUUCGUUUACAAUACGAUUAUUUGAACGGGUAAAUAUCUAUAAACGGCGAUGUAUGUAGGUCACUAUAGCACGUAGAUUGGCGCGAUUCUCUCAAGAAACUUAAUAAAAUAGAUUUUCGUCCGGUAGAAUAAAUAUUCUCUUGUUCGUGAAGGACACUAACCCCACGCCUGCGCUCUAUUAGGAUCCAGAAAACUCAUCUGUACGAGCGAAUUCGGUGGUCCAGUUAGCCGAUCGGUUAGUCGCUUCGCGAAUUCCGCGAGACCAGUUCCGAUCGAGAUUUCUAUUUUUGUGAUAUCUUCGCUGUCUCAGUCUCUCGUUCGAACUACGUGUAUUUCGAUCGUGGAAAAAUCGGCCUACGCAUUCGGUUUCUUAAAUAUUGAGAGGUGGUCCAGUCGUCGACGGUUUACGGCCGAACAGAAAUGUAACUACGAGUCCUUUGUAACAUUUAACGCGGACUGUGCGAGUACUACGAAAGAUAAAUAAGAAGAGAAUCGUGGCGAUUUCUAUUUCCGCAAUAUUUUUAUCGCGUGGUGAAGAGCCGAACGACUUUUAUCGUGAAAAAUCGAAUCCUUCGAUCCGCCGAAAAUCUGUUCGGUUUUAGCGCGUGUCGAAAUAAAACACAGCGUUGCUCUUUUCUUUCUUCCGCAAGUGUGGCGAAUAUCGUCGGUGUGAAACUUUGCGCGAAAGAUCAUCUCGGAAAUUGCCUCAGAACUUUCCCUCUUUUGCUAGAAAACGAAGAUCCAAGAUGCGCAACAGGUUCAAAUACUCGCGUCGUACUUCUCUAGAUUUCCCUGCGAAAGGCGACGAACGUGUUGCUAAACGCGAUCGUAGCCCGCGUGUUGUACUUCGCGAAGGCGUGAAAUUUCAUUCAUAGUUGGUUGUGCGUGCACGUUUCAUGGAAAUUGGAUAGUUGGAACGCGUAAGAUGAGAAUAGAAGGCGGAAGAGGCAGAUUGAAAACGAAAUUUACCGGCAAAGCUGAAAGAGGCGGUUCCGAGGCUGAACCGAUCGAAAUCUGCACGUGCUUCUUCUGUUCGUCCGGAGUCGCAUAAAUGAUUCGCAUCAAUGAACUCAGAACCGACGGCGUCUACUUCUUACGAAGAUGGAGUACUGGAUGGCGAGCAACGAGACCGGUCACAAUGGCACAGAGGAGACAAUCCAGGAGGUCCUCAGGGAUCCAGGAUCGGCGGUCCUCUUCGUGGGAUAUCCGCCAUGGCUUUUGCACUUCGCCGCUGGAUGUUGCAUACUCUUCAUGGUCAUCGGCAUCCCGGGAAAUUUAUUCACCAUCGUCGCUCUUUUCCGCACUAAAAAGUUAAGAAACGCCACCGCGAUCUUCAUAAUGAAUCUCUCACUUUCGGAUUUGAUGUUCUGUUGCUUCAACCUUCCUCUUGCUACGUCAACCUUCUGGCAUAGUUCCUGGCGACACGGCCCGCUUCUAUGUCAACUGUUUCCUUUAUUAAGAUACGGUUUGGUAGCAGUAAGCCUGUUCUCCAUACUAGCGAUCACGAUCAAUCGUUACGUUAUGAUAGGCCAUCCUAGAUUUUAUCCCAGGAUAUACAAAUCGAGAUACAUAACACCGAUGAUUUUAAGUACGUGGACGAUCGCAUUCGGUGCCUUGGUCGUUACGUGGUUUGGGAACUGGGGUCGCUUUGGACUGGACGUCGCCAUUGGUUCUUGUUCCAUCCUGCCAGACGUCAAUGGUCGAAGUCCAAAGGAGUUCCUCUUCGUCGUUGCCUUCUUGAUUCCUUGUAUCGCGAUCGUCGUUUGCUACGCGAGGAUCUUCUACAUCGUUCGGAAAACCGCUUGCAAAAGUAGAAAUCGGAACGUAAAUGCCAGCACGGACGCUGUUGAAGGCAACCACGAGAGACGAUCCAUAUCACCGAGGAUCCAAGAGGAAGAACUGUCGGUGGUGGGUUCGAGCUGCGCGCCGAGCGUACUUUGCGCCAACUUCUCCUCCAAAUGCACCGUAACUUCGCCAAACCGGCUCAACUGCUCCAGUACGCCUUCGAGAUCGGCGAUCGAAGAGUCCCUGUCCGAGCAACUUUCAUGGGAACAGAAUUCGGCCGGGUCCGAGGAAGAGGACGACGACGACGACGACGACGACGAGGAAGGCGAGAACGAAGAGGAGAGGACGCAGCAAAGGAGGAAGCAGAAACAAAGAUGGAGGAGGACGAAGCAGAAAACGACGAGCCAAAAACUCGUCGACGACUGUGAUAGAGCGAAGCCUAGCUUCGAAAUAAAGAUAGACGAUAUACCGUACGUGGACGAUCUGGACGCGGCUGAGUCUGUUCUCGCGAAUGACCGAAUUAAGAUCAAAGAAUCCGCCGAGAAAGCUUCCGCGAACGCUCGAAAUAAAUUGGAGAGAAUGACUAGCAGAGCUUCGUUCGUCAUCGAGUCGGCUCUUUGGGUACAGCGAUUCAACUCCAAAGCGUCUAUGGACGGCGACCGGUUGGACAGUUCGAGAUCGAACACGCCGGAUCGAUCGGCCAACAGCAGGAGGAGACCGGCGAUGACUCGCCGAGAGUCGAGAUUUAGGAGCGUGCGAAAAUUCCGCAAUUCCGAUGGCCCGCCGAGGAUGAGCAACAAAGACAAGAAACUGCUGAAGAUGAUUCUGGUGAUAUUUUCGUCGUUUCUCGUUUGUUACUUGCCGAUCACGGUUACUAAGACUUUCAAGGAUGCGAUCGAUUGGAGAGGCUUGAAUAUCGCCAGUUACAUUUUGAUCUACUUGACUACGUGUAUCAAUCCUGUGGUUUACGUGGUGAUGAGCUCCGAGUAUAGAAGCGCGUACAAAAAUCUGUUGCUCUGUAGGAACGAUUCCGGGGUGAAAAGCGGCAACAGGAGGUCACCAGGAUGAAGAAGAGGGUUCGCCGGUUUGCUCGUGGGCGUGUACAAGCUGGAUUUUAUAGCUCGUUUCAGCGAUGGACUUGCAUCGUGGAUUGGCCGCCGAUGUUUGCGCAUUUGAAUUACGUGAAAUACGAAGAUGUAGAGAUAAACUUGCGUAGAAAUGUAGGGAGCAAAAUGUGCUUCAACGAUGCAGUAUUUGCUGUUUAGCUACUUGUAAUUAUGACAUUUUUAUGGUAUGCAUGUACGAGCAGCUAAUGGAUUAUGUUGGCCAAUUAACGUUAAUUUAUAACGCGACGUGCAGGAAAUUUCUUUCGGUUAAAUUUAUAAUCGUCGUUUUCACUGUUAUUGCGAGCUAAGAUUUAAAAAAAAAAAAAAAGAGCGAAUUAAGAGGAGUUUAUGUGGUUUCGAGAAACGUGUUCGACGAUGAAAAGAAUGUCCCUCUGAAAUCCUGUUGUUGAUCGCUUCGUAGUUAUCGAUACUUCUUGCACGAAGAUACGUGUCUUUUUAUAGCUUAAUUACGAUUCGAUGUGGCAAUUGGAAUUUCAUGAUUCGAAUUGAUGUCGAAGAAAAAGGUGAAUUUCAAUCGCGGAAGAACGGUAAAUCGAUUCACGUCCAUUUGCCAUAAAAAUAUACGCAUUCGUGUGAAUAUCCGCGCUCUCACUAUGGAAAUGUAAACUGAGAUAGACGAAUGUUCACGCGUUGUAUAAUUUAGUACGUUUGUUAUAAACAUUGCGUGAAUAUCGAUUAUGUCGAUCGAAGAUUAAAGUAGCGUUUCACUUAUCGAGACAUUUACAAACAAGAAGAUAGAAGAAAAAUCUCGUUCAUCGAGCGACUAUUUUUAUUAAAAGUAUAUUAAGAAAAUUGUUCGUAAUUGCAGUGGAACUUCAUUAGCGGAAAACGUAUGCCAAUCGAUUGAUAGAAUUAAUGAAACGAUAACAAAUCAUUAAUGAGAUUUCAGCGUAUUAGAAUUAGAUAUUAUGCUCAAUAACUAUGUUUCAUAAGACAAUACAUCGUGAUAACUUGGUGUCGUUUCUUCGUAUUAUAAUUUAAAGUUCACAAUUCUAUAAUCUACGAAGUGUAGCAAAUAUCACAACGAAUCAUAUUUAUUUCUGAAUCGUCAAUUUUAUUUUUUUUUUUAUCAUUAAAUGAAUAUCGUUACCAAAAGCAAAAGUGUGUUUGUCGAAGGUAUGACAAAUUAGUUCUGAAGAUUUCGAUGGAAUCUUCCCGAUUGUUUACCGAACGAUAUUUAAUGAAUAACAAGUAUGCGAAGAUAUCACGUUAGAAAAUAUUAUUUAUUUAUCCUUACGGUUCGAUCUAUGCUUCGAUUACAUUUCAAAGUAACGUAACAUUCAGAACUAAGCGAGAAGUUGAAAGGAAACGCGGUACAAGUGCCGAGAUCUUCGAUUUGAGAAAAUCGUGAAUAAAAUUAAUCUCCAACCGAGGAGAUCUCUGUGUGUCUGUAAACACCGAAACGCAAAUAUUUGAGGAUUUAUGCUAUGUCCUGGCUGCCGUUUGCAGAAAAAUAUGUCUGUACCGCUCUUUCGUUUUCAACCCAUCCGAUGAUGAGAGAAACGCGCAAAUUUAACAACAAUACAUUUGCAUAUUACGUUCAAUAUCGCAAUGUAUGGAAAUUUCGUUCGUCUUAUAGACUGCGAGAGAUCGUUAAAGUAAUCCUUAAGAAUUAACACAUUAAGAGCUUAGGAAAUUGAACUAAAUAUAAUCAAGAAUACGGCGAAAUAUCGCAGGAAAGUUAUUGCUAAAAGAAAAUUGACUUCUAGUUUAACGA